AUGGCAGAGGACUCGUCGCCUCCAUCGUCGCCUUCACUCGGUCCGGUGGACUCGUCGCCUCCCGAGUCGCCAUCUAUCCAACCGACCUAUGUCCUCAAUUCGCCGCCUCACAGCCCGAUCAUCGACCCAUUCUCUGGUGCGGCGAAGGCCACACGUCGUCCACCGCAAUAUGAAAGGAGAUACCCUCCUUCCGCCAGCACCUCGCCGUCAUACGGGCUCUCGCCACCGGCCCUGCGAUCUUCUCUUAAGCGCGUCUUCGGCACAGAGGGCGACACGGAUGCAGAAGCUCGCGGCUCUCCAGUGAAACUGCAGCGGCAGCGGAUGCGGACUGACAGCACCUCGUCUUUGGAGCCCCGUGUUUCUUGGGACCAAGCCAUCACGCAAGCUGUGGACGAUGGCAAAUUGGUGACUAUUCUCGACCUCUCGCAUCAUGCACUAACAUUUAUUCCGGCGUCGAUUGAGGAUCUUGGCAAAAUGGUCGUGCUUACUAGACAACAAGGCGAUAAUGUGUCCCUACGCUGGGUCGAAACACAACAGAGGCAACUAGGUCGCAGCGUUACAAUGCCCGCAUUCCCUGGCUCAUCCGCUAGCAAUACCAUCAGGACCGGUUCUGACCGUAGUCUCUUUCGUCGAUCACCCCCAGGGCCCGAUCAGCAACAAAUUCGGCUUUUCCUUCCACAUAACAGCAUCACCAUGUUACCAAAAGAGCUGUUCGAACUGAGAAAUCUUACUGUCUUGUCUCUGCAUCAUAACUCAUUGAUCAAGCUACCACCGGAGAUCGCCAAGCUCGUGAACCUACGGGAUCUGAAUAUUUCCUACAAUAAAUUGGAGUACCUUCCGUCAGAGCUACUGGGAAUGCAAUUGGCAUUGCUAAACGUCGUGUCAAACCCAUUCCGUCCACAACUGCAGGAUCCGGCCCCGUGUCUCGUAGCAUUCCCCAGUCUCACUGAGUUAUGCCUCAGAGCGCUCUUGACACCUUCGUUGCAAACCUCUGGGGGCACGAUGCUGUCGGACACAUUCCAAUUACCAUUGCCUGAAGGUCGCUACCCCCAGUCCCUGGUCGAAAUUCUUUCAGCCUGCGCCCCCGGAUCCGUGUCCCGACCCGCCCCCGCGUUCUUGGACAAGCAGCCACCGACGACGUCAGUUUUUGCUCACCCUGCGGAGCAAAAGCUAAUCUGGACUCGGGACGUCGCAGGGAUCAGCCUUCCGGAGGAAGUUCCGCUGCUAUGGAGGGGUUGCAUGCCCGGUUGCUUAGACUUUCUGGAUGGCGUAGAAUCAGGUGCGGGCAUGGUGGACGUGGAUAUGGGUGAGAAGCCAGACGUAGUGCCAGUGACACCUGAGCGCAUGCGACGGGUGCAGUUCAGAAGUCAGGAUUACGACUUCAGCGACAGCGGAGACGAUACGUGAAGCAUCGCCAGGAUAUGCGGCUUCAAAUAAUUUCCCACUUGAGCGCCUCUUCAGCCACACAAUCGC